AAUGAAAUUUGCAUAUAUAGUCAUUAUUUUGCUGGGUAUAGUGAAAGGUAAUAAUUAGUUUACUUUUCUCCUCAAUUCAAGUAAUUUAAGCACAACAAGUUUGGAAUUCUCUGCUAAUCACCCAGUAUAUCAAUUGGGUCUAAAAUGUGAUGUAAAUAGUAAUGAAUUAUUCUUAGGGUCACAUAAACGAUUUAUGGUAAUCAUCAAAUUAUGCUAAUUUGAUUGUGACACCUGCUUAGAGACAACAGUAUAAAUGUUCUGAUAAAAACUUCACAAUUACUCUAUCAAAUGAUUUUUCAGAUGAGUACGCAACUAUAAACGUUUUCAAUUCUAAUCGCUCUACGAAGAUUGAAAGUUUUGAUUUCAUAAGUGAUCCAUAAAGUCCUUAUAAAACUGUUUUGACAGCUAAUAAGGCUAUUACUUAGGGACUUUAUUAUACAAAGAAUGAUUUUAGUUUGUCUAUAUCCUAUCCUUCGACAGUAUAUGUUGAAAUAUUGAAAUGUCCAAUUUCUAGUAGUAAUAUUGACGUAAAAGAAUUUGAUAUGAAUGGAUUGUAUAGAAAUUUGAGUGGAACAAAUAACUAUAGAUAUUUUUAUGAUGUUUUUAAUACAAGUAAUGGAACAUUUUAUUACAGAUUGACAUAGUUUUCAUAUGAUAGUCCAGAUGUAUUUAUAAAAGUAAUAAUUAAUAAAUAUCAAUAGUAUUAAAGAGUUUAAACAUAAUAAAUAAAUUAUAUAAACUCAUAUACAAAUAAUUAUUAUUUAUAACCUUCAGCAGAUGUGAAAGGGAAUAAGAUAUUUAUAUCAUUUCCAGAUUUCAAAGUUUAUAAUAAUGAAGAGGUAGAAUUCCGAAUAACAGUUGGCUAUGAAGGUUCAGAAUAGAGAGAAUUGAUAUGUGCUUAUGGAGACAAAGAUAUUUGGAGAUAAUACAAUUCUUAUUAUGUAAAUACUUACAGUUUAAGAUAUAACAAAUAUACAAAUAAUGAAAUAGUUGCUGAUUUCCCAAGUUAUCUUACAGGUAGCUAUAAUAUUCGAGCAACUGCAAUAGUUAAUUUGGGAGGCAUCAAUUAAACAAUCCCAAUGUAAACUAUAUCUGUUUAUCGAAAUCUGUACUCAAUAAAUGGAUCUUUAUUAGUUCAUAUAUUAGCUCCAAUAAUAAUUUCAGUUUUAGCAUUGUUUGGACUUAUUGUAGGAGGCUGCAAAUAUAGAAAGAAGAAAAAUCUAUACAUACAAUAACAAUAAUUGUAACAAUUACAAUAGCAACACUAAAUUGAGAAUCCUUACUAUGGAUAUCAAUGAAGAUAUGUCUGACAAUUAUUAUAAGUUUUAUUUAUUCAACUUUAUAAUCA